AGUGAAGGUUUUUCUCCCAUUUUUAAGAUUCACACCGCCGAAAAACAAUUGCGGGCCAGUUCUCUCUCCCUUGUAUGAACUCGAAACAGAAACACAAAAGGCAAUAGCAAAUUCCACUUAUUUCCGAGUUAAAGACUUGUUUUCAGCGCACCAGUAGCAACAAUGGCAGUUAAUCCCUCUUCUCUCACUUCAUCGUCUCACUGUUCACUCCCACUGAAUCGUAGCCUCCCCUCUUGUUUUCAACGGACCUCGCUAAAGUUUGCUUUUUUCAAUGAGCUUCCCAGUCCGAGGCUCGUGUCGGUUCGUUCCCAAAACCCUAAUUCCGACUCUGGAAACGUAUCGUCGAUCUCCAACGUCGAUGGUUUCGGAUCCGGAUCCAAGAGAUCGACCCAUUUGGAUGAUACCCAAGCUUCGUCUUCGUCUUCGUCUUCGUCUUCAUCUUCGUCUUCAUCUUCGGCCAUUGAUUUUCUCACUCUGUGCCAUCGCCUUAAGAGCACAAAGCGGAAGGGAUGGAUCAAUCAUGGGAUAAAAGGCCCCGAGUCUAUUGCUGAUCAUAUGUACCGCAUGGCAUUGAUGGCAUUAAUUGUUGGUGACCUUCCUGGUGUCAACAGAGAAAGGUGUAUCAAGAUAGCAAUUGUGCAUGACAUGGCAGAAGCCAUUGUUGGAGAUAUAACACCAUCUGAUGGUGUGCCUAAGGAAGAAAAGAGCCAAAUGGAGCAAGCAGCUUUAGAUGAAAUGUGCAAAGUUCUUGGUGGAGGAAUGAGGGCUGAUGAGAUUAAAGAGCUAUGGACGGAGUAUGAAAAUAAUUCUUCCUUGGAGGCUAAUCUUGUGAAAGAUUUUGACAAAGUUGAAAUGAUUCUGCAAGCAUUGGAAUAUGAAAAGGAACAUGGGAAGGUGCUGGAUGAGUUUUUCCUUUCAACUGCUGGAAAAUUUCAAACUGAAAUAGGAAAGAGUUGGGCAGCUGAAAUAAACUACAGGAGAAAUUUGAGGUUGGGAAAUUGACUUUAUUGAUUAUCUGGUCAAGUCUUUCUAAAUUUUGCUGGUUAGGCCUAGCCAACUUCUUUUGAAUUUCUCCGAUCGAAUCAUACUUGGUCACCAUCUUUGCUGUCAUUUUAUUUGGAAGGAUAACUAAUUUCCACUUGAAAUCAACCAAGAUGGUUUGAUCAGCGUAUACCGAAUGACUGAAGUUUUCGGACUCUAGAACUUUAGGGUGAAGCAUAUCCAUAUGUUGUGAGCAUCUUGCGUGUUGUCAGAUAUUGUAACCUCAUUUAUUUUUGUAUGUAGUUCCUUCACUGCACAAGGAAUUUUAUCUCCAGUAGUUAUAAGAUGAUAGCAUUUGUGGAGCUGAAAUGCCGUGUCUUUGAGGGAUGCUUAUUCAUUCGUCUUUCUUAUCGUUGGACCAAAAAGUGUUUGUGCCAAUGAGUUUAGGUAGUAGUGCAUUGACAAUAGCACAGGCCAUUUCGGAGGACAAGGAAAAAAUGUUAAUGAUCAACUUCUAUUUUUGAGUUUUUA